CGUCAGUGUGGCUGGUGUAGUGGAGCGCGCCUCACGUGCCGCAAGGCUGCUGCCGCCCCUCAUGAUCUACCUUACUUCCGCCCUCAACACGCCCACACCUGUGCUACCUGCCCACGCCCGCCUUGCCCUCACAUCCAGCGUCCAGUUGUCCUCAUCAGCACAGGUCACAGAGCGGUAGCGCACGCUGGUUCGCCGGACGCAGGGUUCCGCCCCCUGCAGGCGCCCCCCUCCCUCCUUGUUGCCAGGGUGCUGUGUCCUGCCUGGCCAUGCCACCAUGACCGCCUCCGUCAGCUGACUCUGGUGUGGCCCCUGAGACGGGCAUCCCGCUCCUACUGGAGACAGAAUGUGAACCCGAGUCUGUCAAGUCCCCUGUAUUGAUCCGAGGAAGGUGUUGGUGGUGGUGGCGGUGAGUGCGGCGCGACCCGGCGGUGUUGGUGUAGUAGUCUACGGGAAUCCUCAGACCCGGCUCGGGCCUUACGCCUUGUGCUAGCUCCUGAGGAAGUGACAGCACCAAGCUAGUCCUACCACAAGCCCGUGCUGGGGCUCCGUGCCCGGACUCGACCCCACUUUCCAUGGACACGCAGCCGAGGCCGGUGCUGGAAGUAGUGAACCAGAGAGUGUGUCAGCUCUGUCGUGCCCAAGCUGAUGAUACUAGUGGCUUCCGCGAAGGAUGGUGUAGGGUGUAGUGUCGAUUGUUGUACCCUUUGAGGGUGUGUGUGCCAGCAUGGCGUACGGUGGGCGGGGGCGCGGUGGUUAUGGUUACCGGGGUGCAACAGCCUCCCCUCCUGGAGGCGCUGCCCCCCGCAGGACCGACUCUGAUGAAGACUACGAGGAAGGGCAACAACAGUCGGGGGAGCAGGAGUUGGCGACGAAGAUGCUACAGAUCCAGAGCAAACGGUUCUACAUAGACGUGAAACAAAACAGACGCGGCAGGUUUAUGAAAGUAGCAGAGAUUGGUGCUGAUGGCAGAAGAAAUCAAGUAUUUCUUGCACUUUCCACAGCAGCAGAGUUUAGGGAUCACCUGUCACAUUUUAGUGAUUUUUAUGCUAAUCUUGGUCCGCCUAAUCCCGACACGUUACCAGAAGAUGGAAAACUCAAAUCUGAGACUAUGGUGAAAGACAACAGAAGGUACUACCUGGACCUAAAAGAAAACUCAAGAGGGCGCUUCCUUAGGGUAUCACAAACAAUAGCACGGGGUGGGCCCCGGUGUCAGAUUGCUAUCCCUGCCCAGGGUAUGAUAGAAUUUCGUGAUGCGCUUCAGGAACUUCUCGAUGAAUUCGGUACAGAUGAUGGUGGCUACAAAGGAGAGUUACCAGAAGGCCGACAUAUGCGAGUAGAGAACAAGAAUUUCUAUUUUGAUAUAGGCCAGAAUAACAGGGGAAUAUAUAUGCGUAUAUCUGAGGUUAAGACUAACUUCAGGACAGCAAUCACCAUCCCAGAAAAAUCUUGGUCACGGUUUCGGGACAUAUUUGCAGAUUAUGUAGACAAAAUGAAGGAUGGUGGCGAGAAGGGCCCUAGUGAGAGUAAUAAAUGAGGAGCGUGGCAGUGUUAGGUAUGCUAAAGGAUUGACUGGUGACAGGCACGUGUGGGGAUGGUGACGU